CUGGCUGUGAGGGCUCCCAGCGUCCCCUGUUAGCAACGGCAGAGACGACCUCGGAUUUGCUUUUUCACGCCAAAUGUCUCUCACUCCGAGUCGGAAGUCGUCCUCCGUUCAGCGCAGGCGCUCAGUUGGAAUGAGUGGCGGCAGCAGGGGAUGUUCCCAUAGCGACAUGUCCAGUACUUACACCUAUCCCGGCCGGAUGAGGGGUUCUGAUGGUAACCCCACAGCCCGGACCAAUCCCAGCACGCCCAGGCGCCAGACAAAGCACACGGCCUGCAUCAACAACCAUGGUAUCAAAGUCCCGACGCCGGAGCAGUACCUGACCCCGCUGCAGCAGAAGGAGGUCUGCAUCAGACACCUGAGGGCCCGGCUGAGGGAGAACGUGGAGCGACUGCAGCACAGAGACUAUGAAAUAGAAGAGUUGAGGUCCCAGCUGAACAAGAUGCAGGAAGACUGGAUAAAAGAGGAGUGCCACCGCUUGGAAGCCCAGUUAGCUCUGAAGGAGGCCCGUAAGGAGAUCCAGCACCUGCAUGAAGUGGUGGAGUCGGUCAAAUCCAACAUCGGCGUCCAUGAUCAAGACCCUCACGAUUAUAAGCCAUACUCAGGGCUGCAGGCAGUUCGGCCAGGAGGAAAGUCCAGGUCCUGUGGUUGUUCCCCCGCCAGCACCUUGACCCGCGGUUCCACCUUCACCCGCCGGAGCAGCGAGGCUCUGCAACUGGACCGCAAUGCUCCAGAACAGAGCGGGGCACCUCGCUCCACGGGACAAACCCACUUGCUGCUAGAGGCGCCGCUCCUGUCCGAGCAACUGCCCCACCAAGCCCACCACCUUCGGCCCGGACCAGCCAUCUCCCGCUCGGCCACCUGUGAGCAUCUGUGCAGCGGCGGCGGCGUGCUGCCCAUGUCCCACUCCUGCCACUCCCUCAGCAGCAGCUGCAGGUGCGGCGGACACACCUACCUCCCGCAUCAUCACCUGUUCCUUCAUUUACCUCAAGAAGAGCCGCCGCUUUCAGCAGCAACACCAGCCGCCGUCCCGGUCCCGGUCCUGGAGAAGAAACCGGAGGUCCGUUCUCAGGGCUGCAGCCCCACCAUGACCUGGCUGAGCGAGGAGAGCAGCGCCGAACAGCUGAGCGUCAUUUCCAUCGGGAAACCAGAGCUCACCCCUUCAGAUCCACGGUCCAUGUCAACAUCUUUACCUCUGCUGUCUCCUCCAGAUCUCCCUCCCACUGACAAACCCGAGAACGACAGAAAGGUGCUGGCAGGGCCCCACACCUGCCAGCCCAAGCCAGUAGAGCCACUUCCUGUUAGACAGGAAGCUACCGUACUGGAGUUUGACGAGGACGAAGCAGAGGGAAGUGAGGACAGGCGUCCCCCUGAGUUGUCGCACUGGAGCCGCUACUUCCUGGUAGACCUUCUGGCUCUGGCGAUGCCGGUGGUUCCCACCAUGGCGUGGUUGUGCCGGGGGGCGCCACAGGAAGUCCUGCCUGCCUACCACAUCGGCUCCCUGCUGAGAGGCUGCUGUGCUGUGGCCCUCCACUCGCUUCGGCGGCAGGGCGCAGGCCGGGGCAGGCCGACCGCCGACACGAACGGGACAACUUCCGUCUGACUCUUCAAGCCCACUUUUAGAUCAACGGGAAUCUAUUAUGCCAAAUCCACAUUUUUAUGCUUCCAUUUGGGUCUCAUCUGCUUCUAAGAACAACCAAAGCAAUUAAAAAAAUAACAUCCAGAUGUUUCACAAUAAGGCUACGUUCAUAUUGCAGCCCGUAGUGACCCAGUACCGAUUUUUUGUCAAAUCGGAUUUUUUUCACCGUGGUCGUUCACACUUACAAAUAAAUGCGACUUGUAUUAAGGUGACCAUAUUUUCGGGGCGUGCUCCGGUGGCGUAGACGUUAGCGCGCCCCAUGUUUGGAGACCUUCAGUCCUCGACGCGGCCGUCGCGGGUUCGAUUCCCGGACCUGACGACAUUUGCCGCAUGUCUUCCCCUCUCUCCUUCCCCCUUUCCUGUCAGCCUACUAUGAAAAAAGGGACACUAGAGCCCACAAAAGGGACCCCCUGGUGGGGGAAAAAAAAAAAAAAAAAAAAAAGGUGACCAUAUUUUCAUUAGGGAAAACCAGGACACCUUGGAGGGGGAGUUGGGGAAAUCUUUGCAGCAGGCCUAGGUAAUCCUACAAUAACAUAUCGCUUUGGCAUGUUGUUGGCGUACUGACAGCCACGCUAUCUAUCUUCUGAUUAAGAACAGGGCUGCCCGCACUGACGCGGCUCAGGGAUUACGUCACACGCAGCGCUGUGCGCAGUGCCCUAGUGCCCGUAAAUUUAAUGGUCCAAUUAAGGUAAUUUAAAAAACAGGACAUUUCCUCACUUUCUAAAAAAAAACCGGGACAGGACGUGAAAUACAGACAUGUCCCGGGAAAUACGGACGUUUGGUCACCCUAACCUGUAUGUGAUCCCCAGAGUGAACUGCAAGCGACCAGAAAGUCUCUCACAUGCGCAGUAGAGGCGCAAUAACGGCACACAUAGAGAGCGUGCUCGGUGUUUUGCCGACCACCAUAAAGAAGAAGUGCUCAGUGUUCUGAAACAAACAUGGAUGCUAACGGUGGAGCAUAUCUUACGAUUUUGAAGUUGUUGUCCCACCGGAAUCAGCAUAUUAACAACUUAAUCCUCAUUAUCGUCCACCAUGGUUGUUGUUUUUCUUCCCGCUUGAGCAUAUCAGGACACAGAAUAGUGACGUUGGUCGGUUAUCAAUGACGUUCAAAUCGGUUGGAUGAGACCUGGAGGUUAAGGUGACAUAAAAAAAAAAUCUGUUCAGGCUGCCAUGAAAAUAUUAGAUACAGGUAGCAUUACAUCAAAAAAAUAAAAAUAAAAAUCGAAAUUGGGUCACUCCAGGCUGCAGUGUGAAUGCAGCCGAAAUUAACACUUUUAGAGUUUAGAAAACCGUUUCAAAAACCUGCCAUUGCUUAGCAACUCCAGCCCGUUACCUAGCAACCCAGUCAAAGGUUCAGCACAUGGCUACUGACUUACCAGGAAAGAUGUUUGUAUAACGUCUGUUGGCAGCCAUUUUCAAGUGCGAGUCUAAACGUUGAGUUGGGGGCGUGGCCAGCAGCAGCUUGUUUGGAUUUAAAGUGACAGGAGCCCCUAAAGCUGAAUAAUUAUGUGCAAAAAUGUAAUGAACAUUUUUUUUGUAUUGUUCGUAGAUAUAUCCUAACAUGUUCAAGGAAGCUUAAUGGGUCACCUUUAACACCACCAGUCUAACCAUCUGCAGAUCAACUCUGACUUUUAAAUCCCAGUUCCAUGUUGGAUUCCUCCUCAGCUGGUUAGUGACUUAGAAAAAUAAGAAUUAGCUUUAGCAAUAUUGGAGUAUUAUUGAAAUAGUUUAAUCAGUUUUUCAGUUCAAAAAGGGAAUCUCAUCAUACAAUUACAUUUUUAGUUUUGUUUUUUUCAGAUAAUGUUUAUUAUUUUACGGCUUACAGCAAAUGAAAACCCAAAAUUCAGUUUCUCAAUAUUACAUUCGGGAUUUAUGUUUUGACCCACCAGAGGUCUGCACCAUUAACAAACAAAAACCCAUUUUGCCCUCAGUCCAGCAAAUAAAGCCUUUGAGCUUUAAAUGUUAACCUUUUGAAAAAAAGACAACUUCAAUUUUUUAUAAAUACUUAUAAUAGGAGACUUAAACGUUUUAAAGAAGCACAAUUUCACUUCUAGUUGUAGAUUUUAAAACAAAUUAAAAUGUGAAAAUCUAUGCAAAAAGAUGUAAAGAAUAUAAACAACUGCUUUUAGUGUCAUUCUGUUGUGCAAGUUCAAUACAAUUAUUCUAUAGAAAAUUUGGAAAAAAAUACUAAAACAUGCAUUUGUUAGUAUAUUUGAUCAUUUUUAGCUAAAGUCUUAAAGAGCCACUUGUAUCUCCGCAGAGAAUCAUUAACACUGUUCACAGUGAGGAAAAGUCACAAAGAUUAAUUGCAAAAGGAGCCGUUCAGAGUUUUGUAUCCAUGCGUAUUAGAAAGUUCAGUGGAAGAAAAACAUGAACAAGUAUAAUCUUAAAUCUAGCUUGGAAAGUUUUUUUUGCAUGUUUUGGUCAGAUUUCAUUAUAUUUGUUUGACAUUUAGUUAAUUCUUCAUUCUGUUGAUUACUUUAUUUAUGGAGAUGCUGAUUCCAGUUUCCAGCAGGAUUUUGUACCUGUCCACUCUGCUAAAGGUAAAAAAAACAUUCUCUAUUAGUUUUAUCUAAUAUUCAAAAUUUUAUGAGAAACUGAAUCUUAGAUUUCCAUUUUCUCUGAGUCAUAGUCAUCAAAACAACCAAUAUAUUCCUAAAAUAUAUGAUUCUGUUUAAGUGAGUUUUAAACGGAUCGUUAUCAACUUUUCAAGGAUAUUCUGAUUUAUAGAGAGCUGUAAGUGAUCAUCUCCUUUAACAGUCUGCAUGUAAAGCACAGAUUGUUUCCCACCCUGCAUUGGUUUUGGUGACCAACCUUCAGGGCAAAGAUGUACAGUUUAUACAAUUAAAAAUAAUCACAAGUUAAAUACUUCUCUUUUUGUAUCGAGAAGAUUUUAAAAUAGCUUUAAGGAAAUGUUAUCAGUGUUUGAGUGCAACAAAAAGCAAGAAUUCAUCUUAGUUUUAUAAAGUUAAAUCUAAUGUUUUAAAGUAUUUAUACACUUGUUUGCUGCAGGGUUCUUGCUAUAUAUGCUUGCUAUAUAUGGUGUAUGAAGGCCAUUGUAGAAAAAAAAAGGAGUAAAUUUCCAUCUAAAAUAUCAGAAAUUCUGAGUUUAAUAGUAAUUUUCUAGAAAAAAGCUUCAAAAUUAAAAUAAAAAAAAGGGUAUUUCUGAAUUUCAUGGUCAAAAAUCAAAAAAUUUUGUGUUUUCAUUAUCUGUAAGCCAUAAUCAUCAAAAUUACAAUGAAAAAGGCUUAAAUAUUUCACUGUGUAAUGAAUCUAUAUGUUCCACUUUCUGAAAUGAGUCAAAAAGGAUUAAACUUUUUCACAAUAUUCUAAUAUUUUGCCAUGAACCUUUAUAAAGGUUUAACACUGUCUUCAAUGUGCAAUAAUUCAGUCCAGGUUUGACAUUACGCUUCUCUCAACAGCUAUAAAAUCCUUCAAAAUGCUCUUUUUGUCUUUCAAAGUGUAGAAUAAAGUAUUUUAUGAACCUUAAACUGUGCUAUAAAGAAUUUGUUUUCUAGAAAUGAAGAAUAAAACGGAGUCUGGAGUUUUAAAAUGAUGAAACAGCGACUUACCAAGUGCGAAAAGAUAGGGGGCGCACUUUCCCCGAGAGCCAGGAUAUAAAGCCACAACGAACAGGUAACGUUUUGUUUCCUGAAGUUGCCUGCAGUUUCAACGUUUAGAGUUUUGAGUUCCUGAAACUGAAAUCAAACUUUUGUCAAACUAAUAAACUAAUCAUUUAUUACAUCUAGUAAAAGUAUAUUUAAGAGAUUCGACCAAACACACAAUAACUUCACAGAAAGUUUCUUCACAUGAAGAAAAUGCUACAUUUUCUGAAUAUUGUAACCAAUAUUUUCCAUGAUUACCAUGUCAUCACCCACUUAAUACACCGGUCAUACGGCACCAUAAAGUUAGCUCAAUAUGUUGUUAAACUGAAAAAAAGUUUUGAAACUAAUUUGAAGAAAAAAAUUACAACUGGAAAAAUAAUUGGAACCCUGAAAAAAAAAAAAAAAAAGUUUUGAAACUGUAGAGUUUUGAAAAUUAAAAGAAAAUAACUCCUUUCUAGAUUUGUUUUCCCCCUCCAUUUCAGUUUUUUCCUUUUAGCUUUCUGGCCCCAAUUUAGUUCCAUACAGAUUCUAUCCAACAGACCUAACACAUAUUUACCAUGUAGUUACUUUAAAUAUUCUGUUAUGCAAAUAAAUAUAGAGCCACAUAAUGCAUUGCAAUUGUUAUAGCAAAUUCUGUAGUAAUAAUUGAGAUUUUAUAUGUGCAGCUCUAAUUAGGAAAAUACAUUUUUCUGCUUUAAGAUUUAAAACUGGAUCUAUCAAAUCCUGUAUGACGUGUCGACACCAUUUCAUCCUUUUAAGAGCAAAGUAGCCUAAUAAACUGGACUUAAUAAAAUUACCCAAAUCUUUUUUUUAAAAGAGAGAAGAAACCACAAGUGUUCAUUAAAAAAAAUAAAAAAUUUGAUUAAUGCAAGAAAAUAUUGCUCCUUAAGAGUGAAAUACUUCAGAGUUAAAAUCUUUAAAAAGUCAUUUAGAUAUUAUAAAUCUCACAUAAGAGCUGUCCUUUUUUAUGCAAUUAUUCAAUGCUAUGUAUAUUUGUAAUUAAGAUAUGCAGAAGAUAAAUAUUUUAUCUUUACUGGUUUCUAUAUUUUUUCAUUAUCACAAAGAAGGAAAUGUUGAAAAUUGCUUCUGUUCCUACAAGAAAUCGAAGCAACAAAAACUUUAAGGUGAGAUUUAGUAGCAGCAUGAAAGUUUCAGUGUUCAGAAAAGUGCAAUCCAUGAGACGGUUUGAGCAGUCUGAGAACAUUUUAUUGCAAAAUAUGGUUUGUUUAUGGUUCACUUAAUAUUGCAGUUGUCCAACUUUUGUAUCCAAAGCAAAAAAAAAUUCAAUAUUCACAAAUGUGCUUCAACACUGCUGCCCAUAAGGUUGGAAUACAUUAUUAUUAUUUUUUUUAAUCGGUUUUCAUGUAAAUGUGAGAUUUAUGAUUAUUUUUCAAAAUGUUGUUGAUCAAACUCUUAGAAAUGCACCAGAGUGAUGAUAAAAAGUAAAUUGUCUAAAAACUAAAAUGUUUCCGUCUUUAUGGGCAUCGGCGUGUAUUUGAGAUUUAAAAUGGCACAUUAAUCACCUUGUUUCCUUUUGGUAAAUAAGAAGCUUGUUUCCUUUAUUUCAUGUUUGUUUUUACUGUGCUGUAACACCAUUAAAUAACAUUUUAUAAAUGAGGAAAAGCAAAGCAUUGUGAUAAAACUGUGCACAAGAAAGCAUUCCUUUGGGUAAAAUGACUCCUUAAGAUCCUCGGAAAAAGCAACAGAAGCAGGCCUAACCUUGUUUGUUUUUUUAAUUGUAAACAUUACACAAAUUCAGUCACUUUGAAAAUUAUGCAAAAAAAAUAA